AUGGUUGUGAGCCAGGACUUUAGCUAUAUCCGCUGCGUGGACAAUGCACUCACCUACGAGGGGCGAUGCCAAGUACGGAUUUGUCAGGCCAUCCUCACCAUCCUGCAGGUGAAUCCUGCGGCCAAGAUGACCUUCACCGAAAUUGUGGCGAAGAAGUUCCCACAAAUUAGGACCAGCCAGAGCGGCGGCCUUGGCGUCUCUGUUCAAAAACAUCGGAAUUGGGCGCAAGCAAUGUUAAUGCUUUGUGGUCGCAUGACCUCACUCAGUCAAAUUUUGCCCGUCCUCCUGUUGCGGCGGAUGGUACACAUCGAUUCUGAGAUCAGCUCUUUUGAACGCAAGACGCUUGAUGACCAGAGCCAGAAUCCGAGCAGUGAGGUGCACGGGGAGCCAGGCAGCUACGAGCGACACUUGUCCGCCGAAGAAGUGGAUGUCUAUGCCAACGUUUUAGAUUGCAACAUGAUGCUUUUCUUCGAGUAUUUACAGAGACACCUGGCAACUACGCCCAAAACAAAGGAAGACAUCAAGCUACAAGCCGACCUGGUGACCUCCAUGCUCAAUAUUUUCGUCGAUGUGGUCCUGAACACUCACAAGGUGAAAUGCGUCCAGUUCCUUUGGUUUUACAUUGCCAGCUUGAAACCCCGCUGGACAGAGGCACAGCUGAGCCUGACAAUUGCUUGUGCAAGUUUGCUGAGCGGCUAA